AAUUAGAAAAAAUUGAUAAUUCUGCCUUGCGGCAAAGAAUUGUUUACUUACCUAGCCAUCCUUACUUUUUUAACACUGGUUUAGGUGAUAACGUAGUUUAUCCGGAAAACUAUCAAGAAAAUAUUCAUAAAGAAAAGUUGGAAAAAGUUGCUAAAAAAUUAGGAAUUAAAGAAUUAGUUGAUAAAUUACCAAAUCAAAAAGGUCAAAAUCUCUCCGGGGGGCAAAAGCAAUUAAUUAGUUUAAUGAGAGCCUUAGUUAAGGAUUACGAAGUUUACCUUUUUGAUGAAUUUUUGAGUAAUAUUAGCAACAGUAUUGCCGGAGUUAGUGAAAAAAAAUGGGUUCCUAGUUUUAAAGUUUUUGAUAAAGUAGUAGUAGAAAAAUUUUCUAGUGUUGAAUUAUUUUUAUGGUUUAUGGCAGGAAUGCAAGUGAAAAAGGAUUUAAUGAAAAAACUUUUUAGAUUAGAGGGAACUCUUGACCGCAAAAAAGCUUUGGCUCUUUUUAACCAUGAUGCGCGGCUAUUUGGCUAUAAUUUAGUAUUUUUCCCCAAUCAAAUAUACUAUGUUAUUUUAAGUUCUGGUUUAGGUUUUUAUUUUGUUAGCAAAGCCGGCGGAAGUUUAAAAGAUUCCAAACUUCGGCAAAUUUCAGAAGCGGAAAUUAAAAAAGAAGACACUAUUAUUAAUAGCCGAGAUUUGAUAAUCAAAAAAGGAUUAGUCACUUCUUUUCAAAAACAAUAUGAAAGUUCAGUUAAUCAAACUAUUAGUUUCACAAACAAAAGAGAUUUAACUUAUACCCUUUAUUGGGUAGUUCCUUCUUUUUCCUUAAUUACUUAUGCCGAUUUCAUUUUUUUACCUCUUGUUUUAGGAAAAGGAAAAGAGGCUUUAACCGCCAUGAAAAUGUUCGGUAAAGUUUUCGGUGGAGGAAAAAAAUCAAUAGAGAGGGCACGUGAUUACCCUUAUUAUUUUUCCGCCAAAAAAAGACUAAAUAAUUUCUUGAACCUUCCUGAAAGAGACGACAUUCAAAAAAAUAUCCUAAUUUCUAACCCUAUUACCAAUAUCACUUUAAAAAAGGUUUCGUUUGCCUAUGAGAAAAAGAAACCAGUUUUGAAAAAGUUGGAUUGCGAAUUCCAAAUAGGAAAAAUUAACCACUUAGCGGGCGAAAAUGGAUGA